GAAGGAAAGAAGUUGGAUCUAAUGGACGCGUGUUAUUUAUACCCUACGCAAAUACAAGCAAAGAGUUUAAGAAAAGGCGCAGCGCAUUGAUCUGCUUACACGUGAUUGUGCAUAGACCGGAGAGAACAACACUGAACAACCAUCAUAUUCAUCAUUGCCAUUCAUGCCUUUGGUGACUGGCUAUGAUUCAGACUCAGAUGAUGACGCUGGACCUUUGAAUGCUGAAGCCUCAAAUGCUCCACUGAACGGAAGCGUUACUAAGAGUGAGCCAAAAAUUGAAAAUGUCCAAAAUGAGGCGAGAAAGGAUACUUCUGGUUUGAAUACCAACAAGAGAAAAGCAGAAAGACUUCAGAUUCGAAUCGAAUCAGUUGCAGGUCAAGAUGAUAAAUCCAAAAAAUUCAAAUUGAAAGCAGCUGAAAAGAAGCCUGGAGGCCAUUCUUUGUUAAAUAUGUUGCCUCCACCAAAGCAUCAAAAGCCCAUCUUGCCAGCUAAAAAGAAAGAUGAAAUCGAAGAAGAUAAUAUCAACAAUCUUGGCUUACAGUCUUCUUCCGCUUCAUCUGGUGCUCUCACGUUGGUUGACCCAGACCUAGACAAGAAUAAAGCAAAGGGUAACAAUGAUUUCCGCGCAAUGCUUGGUUUGAAAGACUCUACCAAUGCAAAGACAGGACCGAAAAUCAGGCAAGAAGCAACUUCUGUAGCGCAGGAUGAAGAGCUCAACAAAUCUCGCUCAUCAUCGUCUAAAGAUCUCACAUCGACAAUCGCUCAUGAAACAAGCAUCCCGCCACCCACUCAAUCGUUUCAACGAUCAGCUUUCACCAUUUCAGCAGCACCUACAAUUGAAGAGGAACAGAGAAUAGAACCUGAUGCUAUUCAAGAACAAGCGAUCGAUUCAACAGAUCCUUAUGCUGGUUGGCAACAAGGUCCGGACGGUAGCUGGUUCCCAGUCACGCCUGAAGCACAUGCGCAAUAUCAACAAUUCCUCUCCGAACAAUCUCAUCGAAAUGACGCCGAAAAAGAUUCUUUGCAAGCUGGUCAAGCAAAUACCUCUCAUAAACCAUCAAUCGAUUCGAAUAUCGAUCGAAAGUAUGCAUUGGCUGCUGCUAGCGUGGCAGGUCCAGGUCAAUCUACUAUUCACAUUCCCGAUGAGAAAGAAGGUGAAAAGAAGAAUGAAAAGUCUCUCAAUCUGCGUGCUAAACGGAAAGGUCAAUUAUCCAGUCUAAUCGCUCAAGCUGAAGAGAAAAAGGAUGAAUUGGAGGAAAAGUGGGCCAAGGGGCGAUCAGCUCGUAAUGAAGCAAAAUCUCGGUAUGGGUUCUAAGCCAGAAAAAGGCGAGAAUGACGCAUGUAUGUAUAGUAUAACAAUUGUAUUUCUAGGCUUCUGAUCCGCGUGCUACCACCAAAAGCUCGUCCGUGAGGAAAGUGUACGGUGAUACUAUCAGAGAUUAUCAUGCUGCAAACGGCGCUAGACGGGCCUGUGACUUGUCACU